GAAGACCGGGCUGCUAAGUAGCGUCAGCUAACCUCCCGAGUAACGGCCGACAGCUGGCUGCUCGUCCCUUUAACUUUGGAAACCAACUUUUACAACCGCACAAGUUGGAGGAAGCACGUGAACGAACCCACUUUACCCUCUCAAGUCAUGGCGUGCGGAGCCACCCUGAAGAGGAGCAUGGAGUUCGACCCGCUGAUGAGUCCCACGUCCCCCAAACGGCGGAGGUGUGUACCGGUGGCUCCGUCGUCCUCGUCUCCUAGGAAGUACCUCCGCAUGGAGCCGUCGCCAUUUGGGGAGUCGUCCUCCAGACUUAGUGCAGAACAAAUCCUCAACAGCAUCAAACAAGAGUACAAACGCAUUCAAAAGAGGAAGCAUCUAGAUGGGAGCUACCAACAGUCGGACUGCUGCUAUUCUCCAGAAUCCCCAUCCCAGUUGUCUAAUAUUAAUGUUUCCAGCAUCCCAGGAAGCACCUCACCAACUAGAAAAGAACAACCGUUAUUCACCCUCAGACAAGUGGGGAUGAUCUGCGAACGCCUGCUGAAAGAAAGGGAAGAGAAGGUGCGGGAGGAAUAUGAGGAGACCAUGACUUCAAAAUUGGCAGAACAAUAUGACACCUUUGUGAAGUUCACACACGAUCAGCUAAUGCGACGAUUUGGGGAGCAGCCUGCAAGCUAUGUCUCCUGAGUGUGGCACAGAACCUCUACAAGACAGCCUUCACUUGCUUAAUGUGAUUCUCACAGAAGAAGAAAAAAACCAACUCAUCAUCAUAAGAGAUUCAGUUUAGCUAGUUAAAAUGAAAGUUUUCUUACUGUGCCAUAUAUGAAGCUGUUGUCAGUUGUUACCACUCUGUGAGCAACUAGGUGCUUCCUGAUGUAAAUGAAUGGACCCUCUCUCUACCAGUGGCCUCCGUUUCUCCAGCCGAACAUGUAUCUACAGUUAUCUCACUUUUGUAAUGAUUCCCAGCAUUCCAGGCUUUGUCACUUGCUUCUGUUUGUUACAUGUAAAUACGAUAAAGCGUUGGGAAGUUUUACAAGGUUUGCUGGUCAAUCUUAAAGGAUGUUAAAGGAGAAAAAGUUGAACAGAGAAUUUAUUUACAGUCUGUCCUGAUCGUUUCUUUUCAGAUUGAGCAGAAAGUGGGUUAAUUUGCUUUUUUUUUUUUUUUCUUACCAGUGUUUUUUUUGUUGAUUUUAUUUAUUUUGACAUUUGUUCUGCUGGUAUCACUUUUAACCAAUGUAUUUCAUGGAGAAAAAAAUAAAUCUUAGACUUCAA